CGGAGACCCGGUCAUACUUUGCCACGAGAAUCCGUGCAAAAAUAAUGGCACCUGUCUUCGCAUCUCAGACUCGACGCUACCUAGUCACUGUCCGUCCAGCUAUCGGUCGUGGGCAGGCAGGUGUUACAGGUACAUAGACAGCCUCGCAUCGUGGAGCGACGCUGCUGCCACCUGUGAGGCCGAGCAGACGACCUUAGUCAGCAUAGCGGACGAGGAUGAGUGGGACUUCCUACAGUACUACAUACACUUCAACAAGUUCACGAAGUGGUCAAUAUGGACGAGUGGGCGACGGGACGUGAAUCCGCUUGACCCUACGACAUGGAUAUGGACGGCUACGGGAGAACCCGUCACCACAGAUCACUGGGACAAUUCAGGUAACGGUGACUGCUUGGAAAUGAGCAAAUCAUCCGACCUGCAAUACGUGCGGGCGAAGGCAUGCAAUGCAGCUAACGCUUUCAUCUGCGCUACAUUGGAGCCGAACGCUCUAGCAACGGCUGACACCUAUUCCUACCAAUGUCUGUGUCCGGUCGGUUACCGAGGCUUGCACUGCGAACAGCCGCAUGAAGACGAACCAGGUAGUCCGAGCAAUCACGUGUUCUGUGAGAAUCAGAAGUUCUCGAUCUAUUGCUCGGGGGCGAUGCACCUGAGCUUUGACUAUGCGGCCUAUGGCUACAUAGGAACUACAACCUCCUGUCAGUCCUACGUCUCCUAUAGCGACUGUCUGGCCUAUAAUUCACUCUCGUUAAUACGACAGAGAUGUCAAGGAAGAAAGUUAUGUGAAUUCAGAACCAUAGUUAGUGAGUGGUUUGACUACGACCCUUGUCCGGACACAUUCAAACACAUAAUGAUGAGAUUUCAGUGUCGCAAUGACGUGAAAAAAUGUCCGGACGGUUCCUCGCACUUCGCUGAGAAUUGCUACCAAGUUGUGACUAAUGCUACAAAGACGUGGUCUGAGGCUCGAUAUCACUGCCAGAACACAGGCGGCGAUCUGGUAAGCAUCAAUAGUGACAACGAAGAAGCGUUCCUGUUGGAACUGGCGAAGUCCGUACUCGGCGACUACCCGCUAGACAUGUACUUCUGGACUGCACUGAAGAGAACGAAAAAGGGGAUAACUAACUACAAGUGGGUGGAUGGUGCUGCAUCGAACUACACAAACUGGAAACCCUACUGGAUAGAUUAUAACGGGGAUGAGGCGUGUAUGUUUUUGCUCGCUUUUGAGAAACUCGGACAAUAUAGAUUCUACUGGGAUUCUGGAGACUGUGCCCUAAAACAUCACUUCAUCUGUCGUUUUCCGCCGCAUGCCAUCAGUCAGCCACAGCUUACAAUCCCGCCUAAACCAGAAAGCACCACACCGGACCCUACCCAGAUGUGUGACGAAGUAGAGGUUAGAGGCAUCGUGUGGCCUGCUACACCGUUCGGGGAGGUGGCCGUCCAACCGUGCCCAGAUGGCGUCGUUGGUUAUGCAACAUGGACAUGCGACAACGUAACGGAGAUGUUUACUCCAGAGGACCCUGAUCUUAGUCUUUGCAAGCACGCAUGGGUAGACGUGAUAGAUUCCAUGAUUGAGGAUGGCGAUGAUGCAGCAACUAUAACUGGACUACUCGCGGAAAGUACCGCCUCAGGUAGUAGCCUGUACGGUGGGGACGUGCUCGCUUGCGUGGACUACCUGGGACAACUGAGUGCGAUACAGAGCCAACAGGUGGCGCCACUGCCGGAAGAAGAACAGAAGCCUGCUAUGCUGAUAUUCUCGGAGGUGCUCUGCAAUGUCUCUAGCAAUCUAUUGUUUGAGGAGCAGAACCCGGCAUGGACCGACAUUCCCCAGGUUCAGAGAAACGAAGCCGUUAUGUUGAUGCUGGGAAAUAUGGACAACAACUCUUUCCUUCUGGGACAAUACAUGCAAAACGAGAAGGAGCAAAUAUAUGUUCAGAAUCUAGUUAUGCAGGUACAGGUGCAUACUGAUCCUACAGAAGAGUUCAGCUUCUCUGUUGAUAACAGCGAAGGUGUAUUCCAAGGAUCAACGUCUUCCGAGUUUACUAUUCCGCUCACCGUGUUGGACGAAAUGAGAAAUGGUUUGGAGGUCCAGGCGGCGUUUUUCAUUUAUUCAAAUUUACACGAACUGCUACCAGUUGAAAACAUGUUGUCGUAUGGUUUCUGGGAUACGGAGGGCUGCAGAAGCAUCACUAGUACGGCUAAUGCGACGGUGUGCGCAUGCUCACAUCUCACCAGCUUCGCCGUGCUCAUGGAUAUCAGUGGGAGCAGCGGUAACAUACUUGACAAGGUACAUCAAGUGGCAUUGGAUGUGAUAACAUACAUUGGUUGCAUCGUGUCUAUCAUAUGUCUAGCCUUGGCUAUCUUUACGUUCAGCUAUUUUAGGCAGCUAUGGUGUGAUCGUAACACCAUACAUCGUAACUUGUGCAUCAGCCUCCUUGCCGCUGAGCUUCUAUUCAUUAUCGGAAUCGACCAAACUAUCAACAAGGUGAGAGAAAAUGUAACGCGUAUACCAGCACUUAUCGUUGGCAUCGCAGCAAGCGUACAGCCCUCCGGCUAUGGCACUGAAUACUAUUGUUGGCUCAGAUCUGAUACCAAUUUCAUUUGGAGUUUUAUAGCACCAGUGUGUGCUGUCAUCGUGGUGAAUAUAGUGUGUUUGGUAAUCGCCCUCAAAGUUGUGUUUAGCGUGCAGUCGGGAGCCACAAAGAUGACAGAGGAAACGACAGUAGAUAUAGUCAGCCCUGAAGGAAAGGCCAUAAGGGGAUGGUUGAAAGGCUCGGUUAUGCUGCUCUGCCUGCUCGGAAUCACGUGGCUAUUCGGUCUUCUCUACAUCAACAAUUCCUUCAUCGCGUUUGCCUACAUCUUCACCAUCUUCAACUCCUUGCAGGGUCUGUUCAUCUUCGUGUUCCACUGCCUCAUGAACGAAAAGGUUCAGAAGGCGUUUGCGAAGUUCGUGCGACGCAGCAGUUCUUGUCCACAGUGCAUGAAAGAUGCGAUGGAGAAUUACGGACCGACUCCAUCCACGUACACAUCGUCUACUUCAGCACAAACACAAGUCACGAGGUCUAAAAUGGAUAAGCCACGUGAUGGCCUCCUCGCAAAGCAGACCGACAGCCAAUCAGCUACCGUGCCGAUGUGUGAAACGAGCCGGCGUACAUCCAGCAACACCAAGCCAAGCAACUCCGGGUUCAUAUCAUCAACGAGGAAGAAGCUCGGUAUUGGUUCGGAUAAAGUAAAGAGUAAGAAGCAGCCAAGGACACAGAGCACAAGCCUGCAUGACUCGGCUGAUCGUACCAAUGCCAGCAAGGAGGUCGCAGAUGUGGAAGCGUGCGACAAGGAGACGCGCGGAAUUGGAGACGGAAAGUCGGACGCGACAUUGAUAGCAGUCGAUGCCGCAGGUGAUAAGACAGCGGCAGACAUCGUUAUUCAUGCUAGUGAGGAGAACAGCAAUGGCGACUGCAAUCGUCGUUCAGAAGCCGACGUCAGCGCCAUCAACGUCGACGUGACGUCAUGAGAACGGGUUACAUCAUCAUCAUCAGCAGCAGCAGCUGCAGUGUUGCUGCUCUGUUACCGAUGUAUUUCCCGUGUAGUUCGCUGAAGGGACUAGCGAGCAUUUCCUGUCUCACUGCGUGUCUGCAUUUUAUGCUGUUCACUUAUUUCGAACUACGUGACGCAGAGUUGCGAACCAACUCGACGCCUCAAAUGUAGUAGGCAGUACGCCAACGCCGCCAGGUCGCAGCACUGUCUACAAUAAGUGUGGUCAAUCUGUCUUGUCUGCAUAGCUGUGUGUGGAUAUAUGUAUAGCUGUGUGAUAUAUGUAUACAUAUGAUAUAUAUGAUAUAUAUAUAUAUAUAUAUAUAUAUAUAAUAUUAUAUAUAUGAUAUAUGUAUAGCUAUGUGUGGAUGAGUGUAAGAUUAUGUGGAUACACGAGCUGACUAAUCGUUUGAGGGAACUGUGUACGAUAUAAAUAUUUAAAUUAAACAUUAUAUAAAACGUUUUAUUGUGAAUUUUCGCAGGAAUGGACCAACAAUUUUCUAUAUUGUAUAGUAUAUAUAAUUAAGUUCUACUCAACUAUCAGUUGUGACGGAAGGAUGACGAUUAGAGGGAAAAAUUAAAUAUAUAAUAAUAUUUCAGCAUAGAGACUCACUCAGUCACAGACGUAACGUUGGGCAGUGUAAAACAAGAUCUCACCACGUUAAAAUAAUUCUCAAUAUCAGAUAUAUAAUCACAAAUCAAACAUGUAAAAUUGUGGAAUGUUGGUUUAGCUUAGCUGUACUCUCCCUGGCGGCAACGAGUAUGAAACUGCCUCAUCGUGAACACGGCUAUCUUUCCAUAUUUACUGUAGCAUGGUGACGUAAAAGUAGAUGACUUGGUGGGUAUGUAGUUAAACCAACCGCUUCGCAUCCUAGGCUGAGUGAGACCGCUUCACAUCCCGUAAAAGUACACGUUUCUCAAGUAUAAACGCCCUAAUUAAGUAGAUUUUUCUCCUUAUGUCCACCCGCACUCAUUUUACGAUCAGAUCGACUCAGUCGCGACAAUUGAUGCUUCUAAAUUUACUGUAAUAUUAUUAAUGUACUUCAAGCAAAAAUGCAUGUUCGUUAAACGUGUCAGUGAGCCGUGAACUUGGCUUGGCGUAAUGCAUGAUUCCUAUUCCACUAGUUUACUGUAAGUCAAUGUGUAAAUAUCAAGUUUGGUGGAUCUCAACCGAUUAUCGAAAUAGAAUAUAUCGAGAAAAACGAAGCACCGGUGACUCUUAAAGUAAUGAGUGGUUAUUUUCACCACAUGCGACUUAUGUUAUCAACUGGCUUCUACGAUUUGUGUUUUAAUGGAUACGAAAAUAGUAUUUAGACAUGUGUUUAGAACAUGCGUUGUGUAUUAUUUAUGUAUAUCCGAUUGAGCGACAACGUCUUACUGUCCAUACAAUAUUAGUCGUUCGGUUGAAGUAUUGUGUUGAUAACCAUGUGCGGGUUAGUACGCGUAUGUGUAAAUAUAAUGUUUGUGGA